AUGUCGGAGGUACGUUCCCGCGUUCAACAGAACGACCUUCUUCUCCACGAGGCUGUCAUCAAAAAUGAACCGGAAGCUGUGAGGGAGGCUCUCAGGCGACCCACUGAUGUCAACUGCAGGAACAAUUAUGGCCGCGCCCCUAUUCAUUGGGCGGCUAGCAGAGGCAACGUCGAAAUAAUAAAUUUACUUAUAGAAGCCAAAUGCGACAUAGAAGCGAUAGAUAAGUUUGGGAUGAGACCACUAUUAAUGGCGGCCUGGCACGGCCAUUUACCCGCUGUGAAAACAUUUGUACAAGCAGGAGCGUGUAUAGCAGCUACAAACAAAAAACAAAACGAUAUUCUCCAAUGCGCUUGCGCGAGAGGCGCUAAAGACGUUGCCGCGUACGCGCUAACUCUUGGAGCGCGCGUUUCAUCGUGUGACGCGUCCGGCGACUCACCGUUGGCGCUGGCGUCAAGAGCCGGACAUGGCGCUGUUGUUGAACUAUUACUGGAUAAUGGCGCUAGUGUUGACGCUUUUAAUAAGGUAGGUCGUACAGCCCUGCAUGUGGCGUGCGAGGGCGGCCACUGCGGCGUCGCUGGUCUCCUGGUAGCGCGCGGCGCGGCCCGGGAGGCGAGAGACAACUCGGGGCGCACCCCCCUCCACCAGGCCGCCGUCCACAGGCACACCGAGCUCGUGAGGACGCUCCUAGACACCGGCUGCAAUGUCGACGCCACGGAUAAUGUGAGUCAUGCCGGCCUGGUAGAUUCGUAUGCCGGUUUACUAACAAACGCCUCUCGUAUAUGCGCGCCUGGUACACUUGACAUUUAUCCCGUGGUGUCCUGA